AUGUUGUGUAGUAAAUGUUAUCAAAAAAUUCCACAAGAAGAAGCAAUACAAAUUGAGGGUUCGAUAAUUUGCCAAAAGUGUGCUUUGAAUGGUUUAGAAAAGAGAGAAGUUGUUGGUAGAUGCAACAAAUGUUCAAAACUGAUUUAUAAAGAUGAAACAACUCACGAAUCCUCUUUUCUCGGAUUUUAUAUUAUUCAUUUAUCAAAAAAUGGCAAUCUUGCCAAAAACAAAAUUAUUGAAUUAGCCCUGAAAUUUGACAAAGAACUUUUAAAACUUCUUCUCUCUUCCCCAGAAAUUAAAAAAAUAUUUUUCCAAGAAGUAGAUAAUAUACUCGUUUUUGACAAAAUAAAAUUUCAAAACUUCGUUUCUAACAAACAAUUUCUCCCUGAUAGUUUUACUAAAUAUAAAAACAAAAUCGCACCAGACGAAAUUGACCGCCUGCUUACUCCCAAAGUUUUAACCAAUUUUCAAAAAUAUGAUUGCGGAAAAGAAGUAUCCAUGGACAACAUUUUGCCAAAUGACAAUCUGAUUAUCAAAGGCAAUAAUCUGCUUUCUCUUUAUUCGCUAAAAGAAAAAUAUCAAAACAAAAUCAAAUUAAUUUAUAUUGACCCUCCUUAUAAUCCGGAUAGUAAAUCUAAUACUUUUGUUUAUAAUAAUGUUGCUAAAAAAUUACUGACGAAUGAUGGUUGUCUAAUUGUGGCGAUUGACGAAAAAGAAUUAGCAGAACUUAAAAUUUUAUUGAAAGAAAUAUUUCAUAAUUUGAGAAGUGACGCUAAAAAUUGUUUUUAUCCCAUAAUUGUCGAAAAUGAUAAAGUGAUCGGCUUUGGAGAAGUUUUGAGUGAUGAUGAACACCCAAAAGGUUCCGUUGUUGAGAAGGAUGGUAAAUUUUGGGUUUAUCCAAUAGAUAGCAAUAACAUUGAAAGAAAGUGGAAUUAUGCCCGAAAAAAUGUGGAAGAAAUAAAAAAGUUUCUACGAGCCCGAAAAACGAGAAAUGGCUGCUAUGAAAUUGAAAUUGGCAAAGAUUUUGAAACUUAUAGGACACAAAUGAAAAAAAUGGCUUUUUUGAGUUAUAAGAUAGAACCAAAAGAUAUUGACAAUUCCAAAAAAGAGUUUGGAGAAUUAUCCUUUACCGACCAGCAAAAAUUUUUGAUUUCCCUGCUGGAUAAAAAUCUUUUGUAUGUUCCUUAUUGUGAUAUGGAGGAUAAAAAUUAUAGCGUAGUAAGAGAAAUAUUAAAAAAAGAAAGGGGGGAAAAGUUGGCUCCUUUUAUUUAUAAAUUAAGCAGGUUAGAAAGUUUGGAACAAUAUUUAAAUAGGGAAAAUAUUAAUUAUGAAGUUUAUCAACCAAUAAAAGUUAACCAAAAAGAAAGUAUUUUUACCAGUUAUGGGAAAGCAAUUAAAGAUAAAGAACGAGAAAAAGAAGCCCAAGAAUUAGAAAAUGCCGAGGAAGAGGAUAUAAUUAACGAAGAAUGCCCAAAAGAGACCGAAGGCACCGAAAUUAUGAAAUCUCGGCCGGGAAUAAUUAUUUCCAGACAAAGAUACAUUUUCUUGCCAAUUACUAGUAAAAAUUUUCGCGAGGUUUAUCCGUUUGAGAUUUUUAUUGAUUUUCAAGGCAAGAAAGGAAAAGCAUUGCCCGACCAAAUUAAAACUUAUAGCCAUAGUAGAAUUAUUAAGAAAUUAGGAAUAUUAGACCCUAAAUAUUAUUCUGAAAUAGAAAAAAGGUUAAAGGAAGUGUUCGGCAAAGACAAACAUCAACUCCUAUUUCUUAUGGCAACCGGCAGCGGCAAAACUUUGAUGAUGGCCGGAUUAAUUUUGUAUUUAUAUCAAAAGGGAUAUCGUAAUUUUCUCUUUUUUGUUAACAGCACUAAUAUUAUUGAUAAAACCAAAGAUAAUUUUUUGAAUGAUGCUUCAAUUAAAUAUCUUUUUAAUAAAUCUAUCUCUUUUGAGGAUAAGAAAAUAAUUCUCCAAGAAGUAAGUAAUUUUCAAAAUACUGAUAAUGAUAAUAUUAGCAUCGUUUUUUCUACCAUUCAAGGUCUUCAUUCUCGCUUAAAUACUCCUCGUGAAAAUAGUUUGACUUAUGAAGAUUUUCAGGACCAAAAGAUUGUUCUUAUUUCUGAUGAAGCCCAUCAUAUUAACGCGGAAACUAAGCUUAUUUUUGAUUAUCCUCUCAAAGAGUUUCGCCGCGAUGGUUAUUCCAAAGAAGUAAGAGUAUUACAAACGGAUGCUGAACCUUUUGAACGCGCUCUCCAAGCCGUAUUACUCAACCAAUAUCGCCGCAAAAUAUUUGAAAAAAAUGGCAAAGUAAUAAAACCGGUUAUUUUAUUUAAAUCUAAAACUAUUAAGGAAAGUGAAGAAUUUCAAGAAAGAUUUAUAAGGGGCAUAACAACGCUCACAAGUGGUAAACUUAAAGAAAUCGAAACCAAUUCCAAAGACGAAACUUUAAUAAAGGCAUUUAAAUAUUUUGCUACUAAUAAAAUCUCCUUAGAUAAUUUGGUUGCUGAACUACAAGAAGAUUUUUCAGCGGAAAAAACGCUUUCAGUAAACAGUCAAAACGAAAAUGUGCUUAAUCUUUUUGAUAUUGUUCGUUUGUAUGACACCCGGGAUGCCAAAAAUAAUAUUCCUGGACCAACUACCAUUAAAGAGGCUCAAUUAAUCGGCCGCGGGGCUCGUUAUUGCCCAUUUAAAAUUAAUGAAACUGACGACCCUUCGCAACGAAAAUUUGACCGCGACCUCCAAAAUGAAAUGCGGGUUUGUGAAGAAUUAUAUUACCACAGCAAUUACAACCCUCGUUAUAUCCAAGAAUUAACUUCGGCUCUGAUAAAAACCGGAAUCAUCCCGGAUAAUACCAUCAAAAAAAAGCUUGUCAUUAAAAAAGAAUUUAAAAAUACUGAAUUUUACCGGUCUGGUCUUUUAUUUCUUAAUCGGCCGGAAAAAUAUCCACGAAAUGAUGUUUGGGAAUUACCGUCGGCAAUACUUAAUUUUCCCUACCAAGUAUCACUCCGGACAAAUACUAGUCUCUCCCGAGACCUUUUUGAAAGCCAAGUUAAGGAAAAUGUUGAAACCCAAGAAAAAGUUUUUUGGAUAAAAAACUUAAAACCACAUAUUAUAAAAAAGGCACUUUAUAAGUUUGAUUUUUAUUCAUUUUCCAAUUUGAAAAAAUGGUUUCCCAACUUGGAAAAACUGGAUGACUUUAUUAAAAACGAAAAAUAUUUGGGAGGAGUGAAAAUAACUGUUUCUGGUCUGAAAUCUCAACUCAAAGAAUUAAAACCGGAGGACGAAAUUAAUAUUUUAAUAAAAACUAUCGGGCAAAUUACUUCUAGUUUGGUUUCCAACAGUCCUGAAUUCAGAGGAAGUAAAGAAUUUGGGCAUGUUUUAUUAAAAGAAAAAAUUGGCGAUAAAGAACUUAAUUUUGCCUUAAACGAAAAUUGUUUUGGAACUUCUGAGGAAAAAUAUUUUGUGAAAUACAUUGAUAGAAUAUAUGAUAAACUGCAAGAAAAAUACGACCAAAUUUAUUUAGUCCGGAAUGAGCGUUUUUUUAAACUCUAUAAUUUUGAAGACGGAAAGGCAAUUGAACCCGAUUAUGUGCUAUUUUUACGGCAAAAAAAGUUUUCUAAAAAAUUGUAUUAUCAAGUGUUUAUUGAGCCAAAAGAAAAAUUAUGGGAAGAUAAAGAAUAUAAAGUUUGGGGUCUGCCAUUUUACAAUAAAAUUGAGGAAAAUGAAUUUGACCAAAAAUUUAAUAAAACCGGAACCAUAAUUUAUGUUGGCAAAGCCCAAAAUCUAAAAAAAAGAAUUAGCAGUUAUUUUCUCAAUUCACGGGAUAAUUAUUUUUACCAGCAAAUCCAUAGUUUUAACACCAUUAUCACCAAUAAUGUCAAAGAGGCCUUAAUUUUAGAGCAAAAUCUGAUUAAAAAAUAUCAACCGCGUUUUAAUAUUCUCCUCAAAGAUAGUCAUUAUUAUCCUUAUUUGGAGAUUACGGCCGGCGAAAAUCCCCGUUACAGAGUAGUGCGAAAGGUAACCAAAAAAAACGACCCCAUAAAUCCCAGCGAAUAUUUUGGUCCUUUUCCCGAUGGCAGUAAGGCCCGUGAAAUAUUGCAAUUAUUAGAAAGAUUAUUUCCUCUUGCCAAAUGUAAAGAAGUCAGAAAGUUUUUUCAUGGCCAAACCCAAGAAAUUAAGAAAAAAAUUAAAGAUUCUUUGCGAAAAAAUAUUGCCAAUUUAGCCUUUGAAAUUGCUCACAAAGAAAAAAAAAUCCUGGAUAAUAUUGAUUUUUUUACUAGUCAGCAAAACAUUGAAUUUUUACGAGAGGAAAAUAGCGAUUUUUUAGGUGUUUACGAGCAAGAAAAUGUGAUAGCCUUUUGUCUCCUCAUUUAUCGUUAUGGAAAAUUGGUGGCUACUGAUGAAGCGGCCUUUCCCGCUUGGAAUGACACUGCCGAAAUUACCGAAACUUAUCUCUAUCAAUUUUACCAAAAUAAUUUGCCCCCUGCCGUGCUUUAUACGACAAAAAAAAUUCCGGAAAUUAAAUUAUUGGGAGAGGAAUUGGGAUUUGUUUGCAAAUCACCCCAACGCGGCCGCAAAAAAGAAGUGAUUAAUCUCGCCCAACAGAACGCCCAGCAAAUAUUAACCGAAAUAAGUAGUCUUUUGUCUGUUCCACCUCCCAAUUAUAUUGAGUGCUUGGAUAUUUCUAACCUCUACAAACAAGAUAUAGUGGCCGGUUUUUUGGCUUUUAUUAAUGGAGAAAAAAAUCUCGCCCAAAGUAAAUUGUAUAAAUUAGAAAAUGAAGCGAACAAGAAUUCAGAAUUAGCGGAGCCACCAACCGAGGCAACAAGCGACUUAACCCGAAUAAAAAAGGCUUGUCGCGUUCAUUUUCAAAAAUAUUCCUCCGGCAAAAAACCGGACUUAAUAAUAGUAGACGGCGGAAAGGAACAAGUUAAAUCCGUUCAGCAAGUUUUAAAGGAAUUAGUGUUGGAAAUCCCUGUUAUUGGCCUUGCCAAAGACGAAAAACACCAAACCGCCAAAAUAAUUACUAAUACUUUACAAGAAUUAAAUUUUGGCCAAAAUGAGCGAGUGAAAAAUUUUUUGACUAAUUGUCAGGCCGAAGUUCACCGUUAUGCUCUUAAUUUUCAUCGUAAAUUACACCGAAGAAGUAUUUUGAAGAAAGAUUAA